UUGCAUGGCUCGCUCGCUCUGUGCAUAUUGUUGCUACGUUACUUGCGUCUUCUGGAACGCUGACGAUGAUGAUGAUGAUGCGGAGAAAGCGUUUACGGAGGGAAGUAUGGGGAGAAGGAGAAGGAGAAGCGAAGGAAAAAAAAAGGGGGAAAACACUCCACACUUUCAGCCCUCGUAUUGGUGUCGGUAUCCCACCGUGGUCAUCAUUCCCACAUCCCACAUCCCACGUCGCAUCGCAUCGUAUCGCAUCACCAUCACCAAUACCAAUACCAAUACCAUCCGCCAAUUUCAAACCCAAGUUUUUCAAGAAUCCUAGAACAACAAAAAAAAGAAAAUGAUCGUGAUCAGGGUGCUACAAUCCCUCACGACUCGAUACCACUCUCUCUCUCCGCUCCCCAUUCGCA